AUGUUUGCCAUGGUUUCUUUACAGUCCUACCUGUCUGUGCUGUUGCUUGUGGGAAAGGAUAGCGUCACGCGUCGAUACCCCAGGGUUAGCGGACUUACGGAUACUUCGUUAAUGAAAGGCCACUCUGACGUGGAGUUGCUUAAUCUCGCCAAGGAGUACAAGAGCCUCAUCCGCAACGGAGGAUUCAUUGGUAUUUGGCUCUACAUCAUGAUUUACGCCUCGCGGCAAGCCCAUCGAAAUGCGAUCAAUAUGGAAGGGAGGCCCUGGGCAUACAAGGAGGGAAAGAAGGACAGGAGGAGGAGGAGCAGGCAGUAG